AUGGGAUCACCGAUAUCCAUACGAGGAGGAAUGCUUCGAAGACGAUGGCGACUAUUACGAUCAAGCAAGAUACUCUGGCGACAUGUAUCAAGAAUGGCCAUCCACCCAACAGCCAAAAAACUAAUGGGGCGGAUCGCUGAGAGCCGUCGAUCCAUAGCCCCUCAACACACCAAAACCGUUCGCUGGAACCCUGAACAUUACAAUGAAUACCAACCACAAAGAAUCCAUCAACAAGACCUCUAUACCUUUGAUCCAUACAACGAAGAUGAUGCAUACGCAUAUGAGCCACCAUAUUGCGUUCCACAAGAAGACGACCUCUACGAUAAUGUAAUGCGUCAGGAUCCUUACUAUCACAACGACAUCGAUUACGACAUAAUUACCCAGCCAAAUUACAUGCUACUUGAUCCCGAGGAAAACCCAAUGGAUUCGUACAAUAAUGAUCACGACUUAUACGCAUCCGGAUAUAAAACGAGAUCGAAUGGCGAACAAAGAGAUCGUACGCGUUGGGACCCAAAAUCACAUCGAGCAAUGAAACCAUCAAGGCCCGCAAGAAGGAAUAUCACGUUUGCCGAUGAUGAAGAAUACAUCGAACCACCACAAAGCCAACAAAGUCAGGGCAUACAAGCUGUCAAUACACCCACGCAAGACGAAUCGUCAACCGUACAACAAGCUGGACCAUCAAACAUACAGCAAUCAGUACCAGUUCAGUCAACAAGUCCACAACGACCAGCUCCAAAUCAAUCGACACAGCGCUCUACACCUACCAACCAGCAAUCGGCAUCAACAAGACGCACCAUUCCAGAAGUACGAUCAACUAGCACGGUACCAAGGAGAGCGACACAAGUGGAAACAAGAGACACAGAAAUGUCCGAAGCCACCCCCACAACAAGAGUUACCCAAGCAACGCAAGCAGGAGUCAGCCACACGAAACCUAAAAAGAAACGGGUCCCACGUGAAAAACCCAUUAUCGAUUAUGAUGUUGUCGACGAUGUCAUGAAUCGAGUAGCAAACAUUACCGUACAAGACCUCGUGGUUGAAUGA